AUGGGUGAAGAAUAUGCAAAAAUUUUGGCAGCUGGCAUGGAAAAAUUGGUAGAUGAUGUGACAAAUGAACAAGGUUCAACUAUAUUACCUGCUCAACAAGAUCUUCUGAAGCCCACUGACCAUUAUGGUCCACGCCAGGCUUUAUCACUACAUAAGCUCCUUCGUGUUGAACCAAACAAGGUAGUUACUCAUGAAUUCGAAGAAAUAGAAGAAAAAGUCGAAUGCACAAGACUUGGAUUUUUUAAACUACGUGCUCUUACAUAA